AUGAAUAGUCCUGAAUGGAUUACGGUCUCAAUUGGUUGUAUAGCGUGUGUACUUAAUGGAGCAGCUCAACCAUUGUUCGCAUUUUUACUUGUCAAAAUAGUUGAAGCUUUCAAAUAUUGUGCAGCUUCUGAAAGACGUCAACACGUGCUGGUUACUAGUUUUCUUUUUUUACUUUUGGGCACUGUUUUAUUUGUUCUUCGUUUCUUUCAGUAUACAGCUUUUGCCAUAUCAGGAUCAAAAUUGACACAACGUAUUCGUUCGAAAGCUUUUGCAAGUCUUCUUCGUCAAGAAGUUGCUUAUUUCGAUCGACCUGAAAAUAAUUCCGGUGCAAUUUGUACUCGUCUUUCUUCUGAUGCAUCCGCUAUUCAAGAGAUGACUGGUGCACGAUUAGGAGUCGUCUGUGAAGUUCUCGCCCUAUCAUCUAGUCGUAUUGCUGCAUCAGUCUCAGCUGCUGAAGCAUUUUUUGAUUUAUUUGAUCGGAAACCAGCUAUUGACAAUACAUCUACUGAAGGACAAGAACUAGUUGAUUUUUGUGGAGAGAUAAAAUUUGAUCAAGUCAAAUUUAUCUAUCCAACUCGACCAACAUCAAUUAUUUUUAACAAACUUCAAUUGAAUAUCAAGCUAAGUCAACAUGUGGCUCUUGUUGGUGGAUCUGGAUGUGGAAAAUCAACAAUUAUUCAACUACUGGAACGAUUCUAUGAUGUUACAAGUGGUAAAAUACUUCUUGAUGGUAUUGAUAUUCAAAAACUAAAUCUUCAAUGGGUUCGUUCUCAUUUUGGUCUUGUUAGUCAAGAACCAAUUUUGUUCGAUUUAACUAUUACUGAAAAUAUAGCAUAUGGCUUAGAAAAUGUUCCAAUGGAAGACGUUAUCAAUGCAGCAAGUAGGGCUAAUAUUCAUCAGUUUAUUUCCCAGUUGCCUCAGGGUUAUGAAACAAAAGUAGGAUUGAAAGGUAGCUUUCUGUCAGGUGGCGAAAAGCAACGUAUUGCUAUUGCUCGAGUUCUUCUUCGUCGACCUAAAGUAUUGCUCUUAGAUGAAGCUACAAGUGCCAUGGAUUCACACAAUGAACAAAUUGUACAAGAAGCUCUUGAACAAGCUCAAAGAGAAGAUUCUAGUCGAACAUCAUUCAUUAUUGCUCAUCGUCUUUCAACUAUCCGUUCAUGUGAUUUGAUUUGUGUACUUGAAAGAGGACAUAUUGUGGAAAGUGGUACUCAUACAGAAUUGACACAACGACGUGGAGCUUAUUAUAAAAUGCUUGCUCAAAGCAAUUUACCAUGA